UACAGUUAGACUCUAACCAUUGUCAUUGUGUAUAUGACGAUAUAGUUUGCACCGGUUUAUGAUUGAAGUGUAAAUUUGUGCUUUUUUUUUUUAUUACAUAUUUCAAAUAUUUUGACAAAUCAUGUCGAAUACUGAUAAAUAUUACACAGUCGUUCUUCGAUUAGUAUUAGAAGCUGGUUCGAUUGUGAGGGAAAAAAUUAAUCAACCUAAGGAUGCAAUGACAAAAUCCUGUGAAGUCGAUCUUGUUACCGAAUGGGAUCAAAAUGUCGAGAAAUUAUUAAUGGAAGGAAUAUCUUCUAAAUUUCCAGAUCAUAAAUUUAUUGGCGAAGAAACUAGUUCACUUGGUAAUAAAAUAGAACUUACAGAAGCACCGACAUGGAUCAUUGAUCCAAUCGAUGGCACGAUGAAUUUCGUGCAUGGUUUGCCCCAUACUUGUAUAUCAAUCGCAUUGCUUAUUAAUAAAAUUAUUGAAAUUGGUAUAAUUUAUAAUCCAAUUUUGGAUCAACUUUUUACUGCCCGUAAAGGACAAGGUGCAUUCCUAAAUGGACGUCCUCUUCAUGUCUCUGGACAGAAAGAAUUACGUAAAGCUCUUAUAAUGAUGGAAAUGGGUACAAGUAGAGAUCCAGAAAAAAUGAAAAUUGUAUUGGAAAAUGCGAAUAUUCUUGCUCCACAUGUUCAUGGGAUACGAGCUCUGGGAUCUGCGGCUUUAAACAUGUGUAUGGUUGCUUUGGGUGGAGCGGAUAUUUCUUUCGAAUUUGGUAUUCAUGCAUGGGAUGUUGCAGCUGGUGAUAUCAUUGUAAGAGAAGCUGGUGGAGUAUGCAUAGAUCCAGCAGGUGGACCGUUUGACGUCAUGAGCAGAAGAGUUUUAUGUGCAUCAACAAUGGAAUUGGCACAAAAAUUAGCUAAAGUAUUAGCAAUUUAAUACAGUUGUCAAGCUGCUUGCGGUCGAGAGAAUCUCGCCCCGUUUUCCUUCAUCUCUUCCAUUGCCUCCCCUCCACACAGGGAGGGCUACAAGUGAAACAUUACCAAAUAGCCAAUUAGAAAAAUAUGAAUUAGUUUAAGUUUUUUUGUGUAUUCAUUUUAUUUCUGUAUUGAAAUGUAUCCAUAACAUCUAGUUUCCCCUUUUUAUUAUUUGAAUUUAGCAAAAUUUUUUCAAUGUCUCUUAUUAUCAGAAAAAAUUAAAAUAUUUUAUAUAAUUUUAAUAUCUAACAUAUUAUUCAUCAUUAUUAAGAAUAUAAUUUUAUAGUUAUGUAUUAAAAUAUCGAUUUAAUAAUUUAUAUCAUAUAAUUUAAAUAUAAUAUAGUAAAAUAAAAUUGAUUUUCUAAACAGUAUAAGACAUAAAAGAUGAUAAUUAGAACAAAUUGAUUUUAUUUUACGGUACAAUUAUGCACGUUUUGAUUUCUAAUGUUAUAUAGCUUAAUGAUUAAUAGAUAUACUAAAUAUCCCAUAAGGUAGUCCCCCAUGAAUACCUUGCAACGGGAUCAGCGUUAAAAGCCCUUGAAAGGUCCACCCUCACUUAUCGAUGCUUUGAAUCGAAGACUCAUAUCUGAAACAUAAGCAAUCUCGUACAAUAUUGUCAUGUAAAAAUUACAUAUACCAUGAACCAUUCAAACAGCAUUGACGUUCUGUCGUAAAUUAUAAAUAAAUAAUGCAAUAUAAAAUGAAGGAUAAAAAUAAAAAUUUACAAAGCUAAAAUCGCAAACUAUAUAAAUCUGUUGAAAUAAAUAUGUUUUUAUA